AUGGAAGUUAUCCGUCCACCCGAUCGGCGAGUCGGUGCCUACGUAAAUACGCAUCCGGGCUACGUCACGGGCCCGGCUAAUUGCGGAACGACCGAAUCCGCGCGGGAGCUGAGUCAGCGGCGAAAGCGGUCGGGACGCCGGAGCGAGCCUCCGCAGCGUCCGCGUCGCGCCAUUUUCACGCGCACGUGGGCGCGCGAACCUCGCGCCAUUAACGCGGCCGUCGUGAAUGAACGGCCGCGGGAGGCUGCCGUCCAUUGA